UCGACACAGUACCUACACGUUUUUUGAUUAUGUCGACUAAUCAGCCAAACAUAAGGCGAUUAAACUAAAUAACAAUUGAAAAUGACCGAGGAUCAAGAUGCCAAGGAUUCGCAGUCAGACUCUGGCAUCAAGACUUUUUCCGCCAGGAACAAGGAUAAGAAAAUCAAAGCCCAACGGCCUCUGACCAAACUUAUACUGCGGCGGCUACCUCCAACUAUGACAGAAGAAGCUUUCUUGGAGCAAGUCUCACCUAUCCCAGAGCAUGAUCACUUUUAUUUUGCAAAGCCAGAUCCAUCACUGGGACACAGUGUAUACUCGAGAGCGUAUAUUAAUUUUGUCAACGUCGAGGACAUUUAUCUCUUUAGAGAUAAAUUUGAUGGCUACAUUUUUCUUGAUGAAAAGGGAGUUGAAUAUGUUGGCAUAGUGGAAUAUGCUCCAUUCCAGAGAAUACCAAAAAAGAAGAAAAAGAAAGAUCCAAAAUGUGGUACUAUUGAGAGUGACCCAAUUUAUCAAGAAUUUCUAGAAAAUCUUAACAAGGAUCAAGAAACUGAAAAUCAACCGAAACUUGAAUAUUCUUAUCCUGUAAAUGAUGUGAAUGAUAAGAAGGUCCAGUCUACGCCAUUAUUAGAGUACCUAGCAGCGCGUAAACAAGAUAAGCGAGGACGCGAUGAACGCCGCAGGAGGGAAAAUGAUAAAAGAAAAAUGAGAAUUGAAAGGAAAACAAAAGAUAUGCCCAUAAAGAGACCUGGUGAUAUCUCUGAAGAUGAAACAUACAAGGAUAUUUGUGAUUAUAAUGAAAAUAAACAUAAAAAUUUUUGGUUUGGAGAACAAAGAAUAUACCAUAAAAGUAAAGCGAAAUGUACAUCAGACAUAACUGAGAUAAAAUAUCAGGGUUCAGAUGAGUUUAUUAGUACAGAUUCUGAUUGGGACACUCAGUUUCCUGCAUUAUCUAUGAAAACUCAUAAUACAUUUACUCUAAUUUCUGGUAAAAUUUGUGAUAAUGAAGAAAUAAAUCAAGAAGGUAGUAAAAAGAGUGCUGGUGAUACAUGUUUGAAGGAAGAAGAAACUGCAGAUAGUGAAGUCAAGAAGAUCAAGUCAAGAGAUUGGGAGAAAGAAAAAUUAAUUGAUAUUAAAGAAGAUACAAGAUCAGAAAGUAAAGAUGGAACUGUAUUUGAAUCCAAAACAUACAGGGACCAGCGUAAAGCUAAUCUUCUCAAUGAUAAAAAGAAACGUAUAGAUAAUGAUAAAAAGGAGAACAUUAGUAAAGAUGACGAUCAAGGUGAGGAUUCUGAUAAAGGGUUCAUGAAAGAAAAACGUGAUAAAUUUAAAGAGUCACCUCGUGAACUUAAGAGUAAAAAGUAUAGUGACACAAGGAAAGACAGAAUUAAACAGAAUGAUUUUGUAAAAUCUGAAAAACAGUCAGUAAUAAGUAAAAUCAUAUCAUCAGAAGGUAAAUCUAAAGUUCUUAAUCAUGAUAUCAAACCUUUCACACAGUUGCCACAGGUAAAAACUGAUGACCUGGCUAAGAUUAUUGAUGGUAUGGAUCGAAAAUUUAAAUUAAAUGAAACAGAUACCAAUGUGGAAAAAGAUUAUAACGAUUUAUUGGAUAGUAAUGCUAUUGGAUUAACAAAAGCGAGAAGAAGUAGUGUUGGAUCUAGUGAGAUUUCAAUUAAAGAGGAGUCUAUAUUGAAAAGGCAGAAGUCCCUUGAUGACCAUAGUAAGUCAAGUGAUAGGGAAGGCUCUGAGGAAAAAGACUUAAGUGAAAGUACAGAGCGUCGAAGUGAAAGGAGAAUAAGAAAUAAGGAUCGUCCAAGUCUCGUUAUUUACCAACCAGGCAUGGGAAAGUUCAGUAAACAGAGACUAGCAAAAGAAAAAGAACAGCCACCGACCACUGCGAAACCAAUAAAUGAUAGUGAAAAGAAAGACACCUGAAAUAACUGCCAAAAUACCCGAAAUUUGGACAACAUUCGACGGAAUCACCUGAAGCUGGCAUUCAUAAUAUGUCCUUGCAGAUGCUGUAGAAGAGGUCAUUUGAAUUUGCCAACUGAGGGAAACAAGUUCGCGUUUAUUAAAAGCUGUUGUUAUAUUGAUUUAAUUUACAUUCAGUGAUGAGAUUCAGAUUUUGUCGUUUAUUUCAAUCAACGUAGCAUUUACUGCGUCAACUUAAGCUUGUGACCAUUUAGUUCAGUUUAUUUUAUUUCAUUUAAAUAUAAUUCAUUUUUUUAAAUUUGGGA